AAGAAUGAGGAAAGCAAAAUAAAAUGGCAGAAGAAGUGAAGCUUUUGAAGACCUGGUCAAGCCGUUUUGGAUUAAGGGUUGUUUGGGCGUUGAAGCUCAAAGGUAUACCAUAUGAAGCAAUAGAUGAAGAUCUGUCCAACAAGAGCGCUUUGCUUCUUCAGUAUAACCCUGUCCACAAGAAAAUCCCAGUUCUUGUUCACAAUGGGAACCCCAUCUCUGAAUCCCUUGUGAUUCUUGAAUAUAUUGAUGAGACAUGGAAGCAAAAUCCCAUAUUGCCCCAAGAUCCUCUACACAGAGCCAGGGAACGGUUCUGGGCCAAAUUUAGUGAUGAAAAGCUACUACCAUCAGUAUGGGGUGCUUUCACCAAAGAAGGGAAAGACCGAGAGGAAGCUAUGGCUGCAACGAUGGAGAACCUGAAAUUCGUAGAAGAAGAGCUGAAAGGAAAGAAAUUCUUCAGUGGAGAGAAGAUAGGCCUGGUAGAUCUUGUUUUCGGUUGGCUUGCUAACUUGAUCUCUAUUUUUGAAGAGGUAUCUGGCUUCAACAUAGUUGGUGAGGGAUAUCCAUUGUUAUCGGCCUGGAUGCAAGAAUUUUCAGAACUCCCUGUGAUUAAAGAUACCUGGCCUCCUCGUGACAAGAUGAUCAUCAAGUAUCAAGCACGUUAUGACAAAUACCAGCCUGCAAAAUGACCUGUUCCUGAGGUUUUUCCAUUGGUAGUUUACAUUAAAAGUUUAGGCAUCAUAUUGCUGCAAUAAGUUCAAAACUAUGUGUGUAGACAAGGCCUUGGAGCUUAUUUACCAUAAAUGAGGGAUUUUCCUUUGUAAUCUGUCAAGAAACUGAAGUUGUAAUUGUUGAACCAGAUUGCCUCGUGAAUUAUAUCAGUUGUUGCUGUUUUUUUUUUCA